GUGAAACUAAAUAGAUAAAUAAUAGUAACCUGUAAGCUUUUAAACUCUUUAAAAAGAACAUUAGUGAAACAUUCAAAGACAAAAGUGAGCAGGAGCAGAGCUGAUUCUCACAGACUAAACCAAUUGAAGUUACAUAAAAAUUGUUCUGGGCUCCUGGCCCCUCCACGUAUUAUUAUCCCAGCUAUGUCUUCCUCCAGUGAUCUUCUAGCUGAGGAGCUUCAGUGUUCAGUGUGUCUGGAUGUGUUCACUGAUCCAGUCAGUACUCCAUGUGGACACAACUUCUGUAAGAGCUGCCUGAACCGGUGCUGGGAAAACAGUCAGGAGUGCAAAUGUCCAUUCUGUAAAGAAACAUUCAGUAAAAGACCCGACCUCAAGAUCAACACAGCGCUUAGACAGGUUGUGCAACUCUUUCAGGAAAAAAUCAAUUUGAGUGAAUCUGAUGUUCUCUGUGAUGUCUGUGAAGACAGAAAGCUGAAAGCCCUGAAGUCCUGUCUGCUGUGUCAGACCUCUUACUGUGAAACUCACCUGGAGCCUCAUCAGAGAGUCCCAAACUUAAAGAAACACAAACUGAUGGACCCUGUGAAGAACAUAAAGGACUAUAUUUGCCAAAAACAUGAAAGACCUCUGGAGCUGUUCUGUAGAGAUGAUCAGACACGUAUAUGUGUAUUCUGCACUGAUGGAGACCACAAGACUCACAACACUUUUCCCAUAGAGAAGGAGGCUAAAAAGAAGAAGACUCAGCUGAUGAAGACACAGAAAGACGUGCAGCAGAUGAUCCAGGACAGAAUCAGGAAGAUUCAAGACAUCAAACUCUCAGCAGAUCUCAGAAAAAAAAACACAGAGCAAGAGAAAGCAGCCAGUGUUGAGCUCUUCAGCGAUCUGAUGCGCUCCAUUGAGAGAUGUCAGACUGAGCUGCUGGAGAUGUUGGAGGAGAAGCAGAAAGCAGCAGAGAAACAGGAGGAGAAGCUGAUUCAAGAGCUGCAGCAGGAAAUCACUGAGCUCAAGAUGAGAAACACUGAGCUGGAUCAUCUCUUACACACCGAGGAUCACCUCCAGCUCCUACAGAUUGAUCCAUCCCUGUGCGGUCCUCCACACACCAGGAACUGUCCUGAGAUCAGUAUGAGCCCUGAUGUGAGUGUGGAGACUCUGAGGAGAGCCCUGACUCAGCUGCAGGAGACUCUAGACCAGAAACUCAGUCAGUCUGUGUUGAGGAGGAUGCAGCAGUAUGCAGUGGAUGUGACUCUGGAUCCUGAUACAGCUCAUCCAUAUCUCAUCCUGUCUAAUAACGGGAAACAAGUCAGACAUGGAGACAUUAAGCAAAUGCUCCCAGAUCACCCAGAGAGGUUUGAUAAGUGUGCCUGUGUCCUGGGGAAAGAGGGAUUCUCCUCAGGGAGAUUUUAUUUUGAGGUACAAGUGAAGGGAAAGGUUGGAUGGUCUUUAGGAGUGGUCAGAAAAUCUAUUCACAGAAAGGGAAAGAUCACAGUGAGUCCUCAGGAUGGAUUCUGGACUGUAGCUCUGUGGAAUGAGAACGAAUAUAGAGCUCAUCUUGGUCCAUCUGUCUCUCUGUCUCUGAGAGUGAAACCACAGAAGGUGGGGGUGUUUGUGGAUUACGAGGAGGGUCUGGUCUCCUUCUGUGACGUGGAGUCCAGAUCUCAUAUCUACUCCUUCACUGGUCAGUCUUUCAUUGAGAAUCUCUAUCCAUUCUUUAGCUCAUUUCCUAACGAUAAAGGAAAAAGUUCAGCUCCAAUGAUAAUCGUACCUGUUCAUUUAAAAUGAAUUCAUUUAUAGCAACAAAUCUGUGUUUAUACAAAUGAUUUAUUCUGAAUUUACCUUCAGAUUUGCAAAUGUUACAUAUUUCUAAAUUGAACAUGACGAAACGUGUUCACAAUUUUUUAUUAUUCCAUUAACGAGAUUUUUGCUUAUUACAAAAAAACAGCGAAUGAUUUAAUGUAAUUUUAAAGUAAAAUGCCAUUGAAUGUACCAUUUCUGGAAGCUUAAAAAAAUCUCGUCCUAUCAUUUACAGUAAAAGACGAUAUUUACAGUGUUUACAGUAUAUUAGGGUUUGGGUCACAAUUUUAAUGAAUGUUUAUUGCCAUAUUUUAGCUCUCAGGGAUAUAGACCUUUUUCCCCCCAUUUCUGUUUUUUUCUCUUCCCAUGUGCUCCCUGUGACCCAGUUUCUCCCUCGUGUUGAUUAUGUCAUUUGUUUCAGGUGUGUCUAGUCGUUAGUCCCGUAACUGUCUGUGUAUUUAAGAUCUCGUCCAUUCGGUUAGUGUUUGUUGAUUCUUGAACGUCUUCGUGUUUGUUUCUGUGUCUCCUACGUUCCUUCAGUGUUAAAGACGAUUAAAGCCUCCUCGUUCCGUGCGUUCCUUGCCACGGAAGCGUAUAGUCCACAAGAGAGCUGAAUUUAUAAAAGUGACCCCGUUCAAAAGUUUGGAAAUCAUAGAGAAAAUAAUAAACGGGAUGUAUAUGUUUAUUUACGUGAUUGAGAUUUUUAAUGAAAAGUUACUCACGUCUACGUUAAGCUUCGGCUAUGCAGUUCUGCAGUGUCUAAGUAGGCUAUAAAGUGAACACUUCGCUGUGUAAUCUGUUUUACUAAAUACAGUAUCUAUGUGAAGGUUAAGAGUACCAUCUGCUUGACUCAUAUCAGCCUCUGUCACUGUGUUUUCUCUGUUCUGGCUAUUGACAAACAGAAAUGUGGCUGUCCUGCCCCAGGGUCCUGUCCAACACACACAGACACACACACACACACACACACACACCACAAAGCAAAAUAUCCUAUGACAGGGGAGGAAGGCUCUGUCUCUGUAGGCAACACAGAAGGUCCAGCCAUGCUGACACUGAGUUAGAGAGACAGACAAAUCUCUAACAGACUGUUCCUGACACAAGAAUUAUUGUUAUACAGCUGUAUUACAGCAGAGAUGUGUGUGCAUGCUAAAUAGAAGAGCUUUAGAAGUAAACGUUUCAUGCAUCACAAUCAUUAUUUUUCAUAACGAGGUUAAAUGCAAAAUUAUAAAUAUUUAUUCUGAUUUGGUUUGAAAAAAACUUGCUAAACUUACAUUAUAAAAUGCAUAUUUUAUUAACAUAUUUUAUUAGACAUUUCUAAUGCUAUUUCCCAUGAUAUGUUCCCACACAAAAAAAGUCUUCCAUUCUGAGACGUACAGUAAUGAAUAUCCGUGCAAUUAUUUUACUUACAUAUUUAUUUAUAUCGUAAAUAAUGCUAGUAGGUAAUCGAUUAACCCCUUAGCACAGAGUGGGAUUUUAAGUAAGCAAUUAAAGCUUUAUAGUUUCAUGCAAAUACUAUAUAUAUUAUAUAUAGAAACACAUUGUCUGUAAUAGAAGAUGCAUAUUUGAUUGAGGCAAAAAAGCCAAGCAUUUUUCAAUAUGAUAGUAUAAUAGGAAUUAUGGGAUAAAUUUAUUAACAUAGUCCUAAAUCUAAAGGUCUAAUCUUUUAAAUCUGUAUAAUUACUGGUUUGCUUUAAAUGAUUAUGAUCUUAGCGGUGUAACCCUGUUAUUAUUAAUGACAUUUUCAAUUAGAAGUAAGCCUUUGUGUUGGUAUUAAUGAUGAAGUUACUGAUGAACUGCAAUGUAGUUAGUUUAAAAAUAUUUUACUACAGCACAUAUUUACUCACUCAGACACUAAUAAUUUAAUAAUGUGCCUUCAAAAAUAGCUAGAGACAGAUUUGGUGAAGAAUAGAGAUGGUUCUGAUGGUUGAUUGUAUAUAAAUAAGGCAGCCUAGCUUGCCUUGUUUUUUAUUUUCAGUUAAGGAUGAGGUGGAAGUGUGUAGUAAUCUUCAGUUAGAGAGUGUGUGUGUGUGUGGAGGUCAAAGCCUCGACAUGAAUGGCGUCCAGGUGGACAUCCAGAGAAGCUCUGACUUGAGGAAAUGCCACUGAGCAUGUGAUGUGCUUCGUUAGUUUUGCUGAAUACCAUUGCAGCUCACUGCUGGGUGGACUGGGAAAAGCUGUGUGUUUCUGUACUUUGGUCUUUGUUCAUCGAUGUAAAACGUUUUGUUAUUCUCAAGUGUACACCACAAGCUCACAUGUGACAGUGACACCUCCACCUGCCACUGAUUCCAGCUCUUUGUAGCCAAAUAAAAGCACACAAUGAUGACAGGCACAGUAGAGUGACCGUACAUCCUGUUUUCUCAAUUGCAUAAAAUGCACAGAUUUACAAUAUUUUCCCUUUACAAGUAUUUUUUACUUUACAAGUAAUCUUCCCUUAUUGUUCAGCUUUAGCUUAUUGCUAAUCACUAAAACCUUUUUGACCAAA